AUGAGCUUCUCGCGCAGUGCCCUGCGCUACGCGCACACCAAUGGCUACACGGGUCUCCUCUACACGCCGCGCGGCGAGUUCAUCAUCACCUGCGGCACCGACGGCGACAUUCGCCACUGGACCUGCAUCAGCGACGACGAUCCGCGGUCCAGCUGCCUGGGCGAGUUCGUCAUGUGCAUCGCCCACACGGGCAGCCGCCUGCUGGCCUCCACCGAUCGCAACACGGUGCAUGCCUACACCUUCCCGGAGAUGGACAGCGAUGGCAUCCUCAUGCGGUUCACGGCUCCGGCUACCUGCCUCCGGGUCUCCGGCGGAUACACCGCCGCCGGCAGCGAGGAUACCACCAUUAAGGUGCUCAAGGGAGACACGGCUGGCCAGGAAACCGUUCUGGAGGGGCACACGGGUCCGAUCCUCGCCCUGGAUUUGUUUGCGGAGCGAAAACUGCUCGUUUCCAUCGCCGGCGAUGGUCAGCUGAAGGUCUGGAACUUUGAGGAGGCCAAGGAGCUGAAGAGCAUCGAUGGCCUGCCCAAGGUGAACAGCUUCGAGAACGCCAGUCUCUACGGAACGCCCCACUUUGAGCCACAGACCGGCGAGCUACUGGCCUACGCGGCGGACAACGAGAUUGUGGUGCUCAACACGGCCAACUGGGAGGUGGCCUUUAAACUCCGUGAUGACUCCGUGUCCAGUAACUACAGCUGCUGCCAGUUCUCGCCGAAUGGAGAACGCCUGGCGGCAGGAACAACCAAGGGCGAGGUGAGCAUCUUCGAUGUGAAGAAGAGGAAGGCUUUGGCGGUGGAAACGCCGCCCAAUGACUGCAAUGCCAUCACUUGUUUGGCCUGGAAUCGUUCUGGGGAGGAGGAGGUGGCCUUCUGCGAUGCCACGGGACAGCUGGGCACCGUCUUUCUCAGCGAUGCCGACGAGGCUGGCGGCGGCGAGGGUCUGGAGGAUGACCAGGCGGAGCUUCUAGGUGAUGACUAUGAAUUCGAGGGUGGCGAUGACCUGGAUACCGCAGCGGAUGACGGCGAUGGUGUUAGCCUGGAGCAGCUCAAGCGCAAGGUGAUGAACUAUGAUGACACGUCCAACCAAUCCCUGGCCAGCAGCAGCCGAUCCGCCCCUGCUCCUCCACCCGCUGCUCCGCAGAUCAAGCUCUUCAAGCAGCAGGCGGCCUUCCAGCCGAGUGCCACGCCCAGCGAUCUGGAGCACCGCUACAUGGCCUGGAACGAUGUGGGCAUUGUCACCGCGCAUUUAGAGCCCUCGGGCGACGGCUCCAUCGACGUGGAGUUCCACGACGCCAGCAUCCACCAUGCGCUGCACAUCAGCAACUACAGCCAGCACAAUUUGGCUAGCUUGAGCAGUGGCGCCUUGGCCCUGGCCUCCAAUGAGUCGAGUAAGCUGGUGGUGAUUGCCCUGGCCGCCGCCGGGAACAAGGAGUGGUCGCUCAGCCUGCCGGACUGCGAGAGUGUGGAGGCUUUGGUGGCCACCAGUCAUCUAGUGGCCGUGGCCACCAGCUCCAGCUUCCUGCGCAUCUUCAGCGUGAUGGGCACGCAGCGCGAGGUGCUCAGCAUUCCGGGACCAGUGGUGGCCAUUGCUGGGCACGAGCACAGCCUAAUGGUGGUUUACCACAGCUCGGCGCCCAGCCAAAAGCAGCAGCACCUCGCCGCCAUGCUGGUCAACAUAAAUGGACUGAGUUUGCGGCAGGAACACCUGCCUGUUCCCUUGACGCCAGGCAGACAACUCGUCUGGCUGGGCUACAGCGACACGGGAUCGCCGAGCUUCGCCGACAACAUGGGUCUCCUGCAGCUUUACCGCCGCAGCAGCAACGCCUGGUUCCCCAUCUGCGACACCAUGAAGCAGAGCAGCAGCGUGGCCCACCACUUCUUCGUGGUGGCCGUUUCCGAGCGUCGGCAGAUCGUCCAGGCCGUCCUGUGCCGCGGCACCUCCUACCCCAUGACGAAUCCCCGCCCGAUGCUCCAGGAGCUGCGCCUGCAGAUCCCGCUGUGCGACAUUGAGCUGGAGAAGUCCGAGCUGGAGGAUGCCCUGCUGCGCUCGAGUCUGAUGCAGGUGGAGGGCGCCGAGAAGCUGCAGAAGGAGACGGCCAUCAAGCUGUUUGCUUUGGCCUGCAGCAGCGAGUGCGAGACGAGGGCCAGGGAGCUGAUAGAGUCGAUUGCCUGCACUGAUCUGCUGCAGCUGGCCGUGAAGUACGCCACCAAACGCGGGCGCAUCCACCUCUCGGAUCGCCUGUGCGAGUUGCUGCCCCAAUUGGAGGCCGUCCAGGAGGCCCGCAAGCAGCAGACUUUGCUGGGCGCCAGCGGCAUCGCUGCCACCAUUGUCCUGCCCAUGACGCCCACUUCUGGAUCGCAGAGCGGUCCCAAGCCCAAGGCCAUCGAGCUGAGCUCGGCUAAAAGGGGCACCUUGAAGAGAUUGGCCAACUCACCGAAUAUGUUCAAGGCAGCGGCAUCUCGUCCCUCGACUCCGGACAUUACUCCCUCUCCGCUGGACACCCAGGAGAACAUUUUCGGCGAAUCGGAGUCAGAGGUUCCCAUGGGCAAAACCCCCGAGCACAGGACUCCCCUGAACUCGGUCAAUCCGUUCGCCAUGAAGCGCAAACUAGGCGACACUGGAGUGAUCUUCGGAUCCGAGAAGCUGAAGCUCGCCAAGAAAUAGUUUAUUUUUAGAUUAAG